UUGUACAAUACUAUCAAUGUCCGCGCAGACGUCUACUUCUAUCAAACCUUUCAAGGUUUCGAUCCCUCAAAGCGACCUGGAUGACUUGCAAACACGUCUUCGCCUGACCCGAUGGCCGGACAAGGAGAUAGUUACCGAUUGGUCUCAGGGUGUUCCUCUCGCCGUCAUUCAAGAUCUCUGCGAUUAUUGGCAGAAGAUGUAUGAUUGGCGAAGAUGUGAAGCACUGCUUAAUUCAUACCCCCAGUUCACAACCAGCAUUGAUGGCGUGGAGAUUUAUUUCCUGCACAUUCGCUCAAAGCACGAGGAAGCUCUCCCUUUGCUACUUACUCAUGGCUGGCCCGGUUCGGUUCUGGAAUUUAGACAUGUAAUCGACAAACUGGUGGAUCCUGAAACUCACGGCCGCUCUUCCAAGGACGCUUUCCAUCUAAUCAUCCCAGCACUCCCAGGCUAUGCAUUCUCCGGCAAGCCAGUGGAGACGGGAUGGGAUUACCAUCGUACUGCUCGUGCAUGGGCUGAGUUGAUGCAGCGACUAGGCUAUGCAGACAAAGAAUGGGUCGCUCAAGGCGGCGACUGGGGCGCCCACCUUGUUGCAAGCCUGGGUCAUCAAGCACCAAAGGGAUUGAAGAGCGUUCAUAUGAACUCCAUCUUCCUCGAACCGAGGAAAGAGAUCCAAAUUCCAUCACUUGAUAAGAAAGGCGAGGAACUAGCAAUGCAUUUUCAGCACAUUCGGGACAAGACACACUGCGGUUACUCACUUCAACAAUCCACGAGACCGCAGACUCUUGGCUAUGGGCUUGCGGACUCACCAGUCGCGCAAGCUGCCUGGAUUUAUGAAAAGCUUAGAGACUGGUCUCAUCAUGAUGGGAAUGUAGAAACGGUAUUCAGCAAAGACGAGAUGCUGGACACAAUUAUGUUGUACUGGCUCUCUAAUUCCGGGACGUCAUCUGGUCGUUACUAUUGGGAGUGCAAAGAUAUAACAACCGGGUAUACUAUUGAUAUGCCGGUCGGCGUAAGUUGGUUCCCGGGCGAUACGAGUUAUGGUCCGAAGGAUUGGUGUGAACGGUACUACAAAAACAUCGUGCACUGGAGGGAGAUGAACUCGGGUGGUCAUUUUGCUGCUUGGGAGGUUCCGGACCUUUUUGUUGAGGAAAUAUUCGAAUGGAAGAACAAGAUCAUGUUAUAG